AAUGAUGUCAGAAAAUGUCUAGAAACGUCUAAUAACUAAUAAGCAUGUUAAUGUAACCUCAAAACUUGUUCAUUAAUUUAAUUUUUUAGAUAUUUAAUAUUUUCCUAUUAAUAAAAGUGUAACAUAUAUAAUGUCGUGGUUAUUCGGUUAUGGAAAAAAUCGGGAACAGGGUCCAGACUUGGCUCAGUUGGGACUCGGUGUACCGGCCAGUGCCGGGGGUGGAGGAUCCGAUGAUGGGGCUCCAAAAGAACCUAAUUUAACUAAAGCCGAAAGAAAACAAAUGGAAGCAUAUAGGUUUGAUUCUUCUGCUCUGGAGAGAGCUGCCCAAGCUGCUAGGGAGUUGGAGAGAUCUAAGCAUGCAAAAGAAGCUUUGGAACUAUCUAAGCUUCAAGAAACAACGAAGCAAACUGAGCAACAUGCCAAAAUUAAAGAAUACGAGGCCCAUAUUGCCCAAAUGCAAAUUGAUGCUAAAAGAGCUGAGGCAGAAGAAAAAAGGAAACUACUUCAAGAAGAAACAAGACAACAUCAAGCCAGAGCUCAGUAUCAAGAUCAAUUAGCUAGAAAACGAUAUGAUGACCAGUUGGCACAACAACAGAGAAUGAAUGAAGAAAGUUUAAGAAGACAAGAAGAAUCAGUGGCUAAACAAGAAGCUAUGCGAAAAGCUACAAUCGAGCACGAAAUGGAACUUAGGCACAAAAAUGAAAUGAAAAGAGUAGAAGCAGAACUUAAAGCUAAAGCAAAAGUUGAUAGAGAAAAUAGAGAUCUCACGCUUGAACAAAUUAGACUUAAAGCUCAAGAAAACCGUGUUACUGUUUUAGAAAGUAUAAAAACUGCAGGUACUGUUAUAGGGGCUGGAGCCCAAGCCAUGCUUACAGAUUGGAAUAAAGUACUAACAGCUGCUGGUGGUCUUACUUUAUUAGCUCUUGGUGUUUAUUCAGCCAAAGGAGCGACCUCUGUAACAGCACGUUAUAUAGAAUCUCAGUUAGGAAAGCCAUCAUUAGUUAGAGAGACUUCCAAGUUUUCUUUGCUGGAAGCAGUGAAACAUCCUGUAACAACUCUAAAAAAAUUAAAAACCAAAGAGGGUGAUGUACUUCAAGGUGUAGUACUUGCUCCAAAAUUGGAAGAGAGGUUGAGGGAUAUUGCUAUUGCAACUAAAAAUACAAGACAAAAUAGGGGUAUGUACAGUAAUGUACUCAUGCAUGGGCCUCCUGGUACUGGUAAAACUAUGUUUACAAAGAAAUUAGCCCACCAUGCUGGAAUGGAUUAUGCCAUUUUAACUGGAGGAGAUUUUGCACCUUUAAGGAAAGAUGGUGUUACUGCUAUACAUAAAGUUUUUGACUGGGCAAACAAUUCUAGAAAAGGUCUCCUGCUAUUCAUAGAUGAAGCAGAUGCAUUUUUAAGAAAAAGAUCAUCUGAAAAUAUUUCUGAAGAUUUGAGGUCCAUGUUAAAUGCAUUUUUGUAUAGAACUGGUGAACAGAGCAAUAAAGUUAUGUUGGUUUUGGCGUCCAAUACACCAGAACAGUUUGACUGGGCAGUAAACGAUCGUUUAGACGAAAUGGUGGAGUUCAUUCUGCCAGGAUUGGAAGAAAGAGAGCGUCUGAUUCGAUUAUACUUCCAAAAGUUCGUGUUAGAACCUGCUGCAGAAGGGGCUAGGAGAUUAAAGGUGGACAACUUUGACUACAGUGCCAUUUGUUCGAAGAUUGCAAGAGUAGCGGCAGGUAUGUCCGGUCGUGAAAUUGCUAAAUUGGGUGUAGCAUGGCAGAGGGCAGCAUACGCGUCUCAAGACGGCGUUUUAACGGAAAAAAUGAUCUGGAACAUUGUAGACGAUCAUAUUAGGCAGCAUAAACAAAAGGUCAACUGGCAAUCAGAACAAGAAAGACUUGAAUCGAAAAGCAUUUAUCGCUCGGAAAAAGAAGAAUCCUAUAUACCUGUUACACCAAAAGACGUACAAAUAUCCGAAAAUAAGGAAACUAGCGAACAGAAAUAGACUGAAUAAAUUGUAUAUAUUCCAUGUGUAAACCAAGUGAUUCUUGGUCGGUUUACCUGAAAGACGAAUACAACCUAGUUGCAAAGCAAAUUAGGAAAAAUAAAAGAGGCAUUUACGUGUUUUUGUAUGAAUGAACUCUUUUUAUAUGUUUUUUAGAUUAAAGUGGUUUUUAUAUGUACAUUGACAAAAUAUAAUUGUUAUCCUCGGUAAAAGUGGAAUUUUCAAAUUAGAAUUUACAUUUUUUCUAAUUAUGGAACACGGAAAUUGUUACAAAUCUAUUUGUUUAAUGUACACUAGCUGUGGUCAUUCCAAUGUGAUAUUAUCAGGGCAAGACAAGAUGUUCUUGUUUUAUAGUUUGCAUAAACCGUUUACAGCGCUUUCAGAUGGAGCGGAGCGUCCGCGACUUCGAGUAAGUACCAUAAGUUUAUAUGAACAAUUUCACGUGGGUUGCGUCUGCUCCAUCUGAAAGCGCUGUUAGUAUAACGUACUAUAUUUUUUUCCUUUCAAAAUUAUAAUCAUAUGGAAAUGUUGAAAUAAAUGACAUUUAAUUAAUAAAAAG